AUGAAUCAAAUGAAGAGUUAUGGUGAGGAACUAUCUAGAGAGAGAGUUGUGCUGAAAUUAUUGUUUAGUUUGCCGAGAUCAUAUGAUUCUAUCUGCUCUGUGAUCGAACAUUCUAAGGAUCUUGAAAUUCUUGAAGUUCAAGAGGUGGUUGCCUCUCUGAAGAACUUUGAGCUCAGAUUGGAUCGACAUACUGAGAACUCUAUAGAAAGGGCUUUUACUAGUCUGAAUAUUGAGGGAAAAAAUCCUAAGAGUGGAGGUUCUUCUGGAGAUCAAAAAUCUCAGAAAAACUGGAAAUCCAACGAUGGAAACAAAACAGCUUGUAAACACUGUGAUAAACUGCAUUAUGGCAAGUGUUGGUUUGAAGGGAAGCCUAAAUGCCAAGGUUGUGGGAAAUUUGGACAUAUGCUCAGAGAUUGCAAUGGAAAUAAAAAUGUACAGAAAGUGAACUAUGCAAAUCAGGUUGAAGAAACUGGUACUUUGUUCUAUGCAUGCAAUGCUACGACAGAUAUGAAGGUGAAUCACUCAUGGUACAUUGGCAGUGGUUGUAGUAACCACAUGACAGGUGAUGAGAGACUUUUAGUCAAUAUUCAAAGAAAUUUGACUUCUAAAGUAAAGAUGGGUACUGGAGAAAUAGUUCCGGUUGCAGGAAAAGAGACUCUUGUGAUAGAAACCAAGUUGGGUAGGAAGCACAUUCUAGAAGUGAUGCUUAAACCCGGUCUUGAAGAAAAUCUGCUUAGUGUUGGACAAAUGAUGGAGCAUGGGUACUAUCUUGUGUUUGGAGGGAAUGUGGUGAACAUCUAUGAUGAUUGGUCACUGGACAACCUCAUUAGACAAAAAGUCGAAAAGCCCCUGGAUGCCGAUGAUUUAAUUUAUGCAGAGCCCUGGUACAAAACUGUCAAGAACUUGCACCUGUGGAAUGUCUCUUUUAUUGAUGUGGUAUUGAUAUCAAGUCCAACGGGUAUGCUAGGAUUACCAUUUCUUACUCGAAUGAAGGGUUUUUCUGCUAAGAUAUAUGUGACUGAAGCAACAGCAAGACUUGGACAGCUUAUGAUGGAGGAUCUUGUUUCAAUGCAUCUGGAAAUCAGACAGUUUUUUGGACCUGAGGAGUCGUCUUUUCCCCAGUGGAUGAAGUGGGAAGAUCUUACGCUUCUUCCGUCUUCAUUGAAAGAGGUAGCUUUAGGCAAAGAUGGGGGAGAACUGGGUGGUUGGCUUUCCUUGUACAGUGCAGCUGAUGUGAAGGAUUGCAUGCAGAAGGUUCUGAGACUUAAAUAUGCGGAGGAAAUCUGCUACAACAGCACAUUGAUCAUAAAGGCAUUCAGUUCGGGUUUAGAAAUAGGCUCUUGUAAUUGGACAAUAAAUGGUCCCAAGGGAGGCGUUGGCUUUAUUUCAAGUUCCAUCUUUGAUUCUGCUCAUGCAAUGAAUUUUGAUUACAAUGCUCUUCGAGGGAAUGAUAUAAUAAUAUAUUCAGAUUUCUCAUUCUCGGAUGCUACGGAAGAUGUUGAGAGUGGCUAUGAUAACUCCAUUCCAACUACUUGCAAUCGGUCAUCUCUCAGAAAUUAUGAAAAUGAUUGUCAAGAGCUGGCCAAGUCCUUACUUAAUGUUGAUGAGGGUUUGGAGGAAAGGGACAAGCUAACUUUUAUAUGCUCCUGUGUCAUUGAUUCCGUGAAAGCUGGAGGUUCAGUCCUUAUUCCCAUUAGUCGACUGGGAAUUGUUCUGCUGCUGUUAGAACAGAUAUCAACUUCACUAGAUGUUUCAACUUUGAAGGUUCCUAUGUAUAUUAUUUCUUCUCUAGCUGAAGAAUUCUUGGCUUUCUCCAACAUCAUACCUGAAUGGCUAUGCAAACAGCGGCAAGAAAAGCUUUUUUCUGGUGAGCCAUUGUUUGCACAUGCCAAGCUUGUACAUGAGAAGAAGCUUCAUGUGUUUCCGGCAGUUCAUUCACCUAAAUUAUUGUGA